AUGCCGGUUCUGAAAGUGUUGUUAAUUACUGUUUUGGGAACAAUCCUUGCAGUUAAUCGCUUUAACAUUCUAGGAGAAACGGCCAGGAAAAAUCUCAACAAUAUGGUAUAUUUUGUGUUCUCUCCAACUCUAGUUUGUAGCAGUCUGGCUCAAACAGUAACUUUAAGGAGUGUGCUUAUAUUGUGGUUCAUGCCUCUCAAUAUUCUUCUCACAUUUGUUCUUGGAACAGUUCUUGGAUUGUUAGUUGUUAAACUAACAAGAGUUCCUCGUCAUCUUCAUGGCCUUGUCAUAGGGGCUUGUGCAACAGGAAAUCUGGGAAAUCUGCCCAUAAUUAUAGUUCCAGCAGUCUGUAAACAAAGUGGCAGUCCUUUUGGAGAAGUGAAUGUUUGCUACAAAAAUGCAUUAGCAUAUGCUUCUCUAUCAAUGGCAUUAGGAUCAGUUUACAUUUGGUCUUUUGCGUACAACCUUGUUCGAUUAUAUGCACCAAAGAUUUCCAACGAAGCCAAAAUUGAUGAAAAUUCCAUGGUAAAUCCAAUCUCCAUCACAAAAACUGAUCCAGAAAACCCUUCAACAUGUUCCACAUGUGCUACUGAUGAUGAAUCACACACUCAAGAUCAUCUGAAGAACUUUGAAAUCCAGUGUACAAGGUGUGAUGGUAAAGCAGAGGAGCCAACAAAAAUGGAAAUGGUUAUGAAACACCUGAAAACAUUGGUCCAAAAAAUCAACCUGAAGAUACUAUUCACACCCUCCACAAUUGCAGCUUUGGUGGGUUUAGUAAUUGGGGUAGUCCCUCAAUUUCGAAUACUAUUGAUUGGAGAUGAUGCUCCUCUCCAUGUGGUUGAUGAUUCUGUGAUGAUGGUGGGAUAUGCAUGCAUUCCAGUAAUGACUCUGUUGGUUGGAGCAAACCUGAUCAAAAGUUUGAGUGGACUAGGAAAGCAACUUCCACUCAUUGUUGGUAUUGCUGUGGUUAGAUGCAUUGUUUUGCCAGCAAUUGGUGUAGGCAUAGUGAAAGGUGCUGUUCAUUUGGGUUUGAUCCACCCUGAUCCAUUGUAUGAGUUUCUUCUGCUGCUUCAAUUUGCAGUUCCUCCUGCAGUAUCACUCAGUACAAUCACUCAGUUAUUUGCAGCUGGUGAGAGUGAAUGCUCAGUUAUCAUGUUUGCAACUUAUUCUUGCGCUGCAGUUUCAGUGACACUUUGGUGCACAUUUUAUAUGUGGCUUGUACUAUAG